AUGUUUACGGAGGCAGCGAUACCGUUCCCUUGGCGACAACGAGGGACCAGGCUUAUGGCCUGUUCCGGGCGCGAGUUCCUGUGUGGGUUGCGACGCUGGAACUCGAGCUGUAACACGUUGCGAGAACCGCAACAGGCUACGGUGCGGCAGCUGCUCACCAUGCGUGGUCGAAAGAAGAGCAGCAAAGAGGCAGAGCUGCAGCGUGACGAUGACGUGACAAAAGCGGCCUCGGGAAAGGAGGCCACAGCGGCGGCGGCAGCGGCGGCAGAGGGCUCUGAGCAAGCUGCGGCCUCGGAUGCUGCCGGUGUGUUGCGGGACAUGCCUGCAGUGCUGCGAGAGCGGCCACACUGGUACCUCGUGCAGACGGUACCUGGGCUCGAGGAUAACGUACGAAUCACGCUUGAGGCGAAGGUGCGCAAUACGCCGUCGAUGACGGAUAAAAUCACGCAAGUGAUCGUGCCCAAGCUGAAGGCGAUGCAGCUUUCUGCGGGCGGUGAGCGUGUCGAGUUCGAAGAAAAAGUUUUUCCUUGCUAUGUCAUGGUAGAGAUGGUGCUAAACGAGGAGACCUGGGAGUUUGUUCGCUCAACUGCCUAUGUUGUUCAGUUCGUAGGCCGGGACCGUGCUCGUCGAUCGCGGGCGGGUGGGGUCGUCGGCGGACGCGGUCUCGUCCAACCGCAACCGCUUUCAGAGAGCGAAGUGCGUCGAAUAUUCGAUCAGAUCUCCGUAGGAUCAUCCAUUGUCUCGCAGGAGCUGAAAAUCCAGGCCGGUGACUUUGUAAGGGUGCGGCAGGGGAACCUCGCUGGUCACGAAGGAGUCGUAGCCUCGGUUAGCCCAGGUCGAGGCAAGCUUACUGUGAACCUCCGCUGGCUCAAUAGAGACGUGCCUACAGAAUUUGGAUUAGAAGAGGUCGAGAAGCUCGAUCGAAAAUUCGUCGAUCUGCCGGCGCCUCCACCAGACGAGGAGUCAGAGGCUGAGCCUAGUGAAGAGAGCGCAGCCACGAAAAUACCACGCACCGUACGGCGGGUUCUCCCUGAGGAUCGAGUGGAGGCCCUCGAGGCACUCGCGCGACUUGACUACGAUUGGAGAAUGCUUGUUGCGAUGGAACGUCUGGAUCGGGUCCCGAUGCAGGCCCUGCGUCAGUACUGUCGAGCGUAUGGGCUGGGAGCAUCUGGUCGGAAAGUCGCCCUCAUUGAACGUGUUCGACAACACGUCAUUGAAGCGAUUCGCAAGGAGGAGGAGCAGGAGGAGCAGGAGCAGGUUGCUGAGAAUCCCCCAACGCCCAAAGAGCACUCGGAAACCGUACGCGAAUAA